AUGGCAUUUGACGACACUGAAAUGGAAGGUUUUCAAGACAACAGUACAAUACCUGAUAAUUAUAUUUACGAUGAUAUCGACAAUAUUAAAUCUGGUUUGUGUGAAAAGGAACAUGUUGCCAGAAUCGGAUCCAUUGCAGUCCCAAUAUUCUACAGCAUUGUGGUCAUCUUCAGCGUGGUCGGAAAUGUUCUGGUUCUUGCUAUCAUUUCACUCUACGAGACACUCAAAUCACUGACCAACAUCUUCAUCCUGAACUUGGCUCUGUCGGACCUGUUGUUCACUCUUGGACUCCCGUUUUGGGCUUGUUAUUACAUCUGGGGCUGGACGCUGGGACACGUGGCCUGUAAAGCCGUCAGCUUUAUCUUCUCGGCUGGAUUUUACAGCAGCAUCUUGUUUCUUGUGCUGAUGACCGUUCAGCGCUACAUGGCGGUGGUGCACCCACUAUCAGACUGGGAGAGAGGACAGCACAUUAACUUGAUCCUCAUCGCUACCUGGGUGGUGAGCAUCUCAGCAGCUUUACCAGCUUUAAUCCAAAGCUCUGUCAUGUCUGAUCAAGGAAAACUUUACUGUGAGCUCGAGAGCACUGAAGCUUAUCUAGCCGUUACAUAUAAACAGAACGUUUUUUUCAUCUGUGCCUUCAUGGUCAUGAGUUUCUGCUACAUAAGAAUUCUGCAGAUUGUUUUUAAAUCUCGGACUAACAAAAGACACCGGACUAUAAGACUCAUUUUUUGUCUUGUUGCCGUCUUCUUUGUCGGCUGGGCUCCUUACAACCUGGUGAUUUUUCUCAAGACGUUCACUUAUCAUCAGAUCCCAUUUUUUACAGAUUGUGAUGUCACACAUCAUCUUGACUACGCAUUGUACGUCUGCCAGCUGUUAGCCUUUUCCCACUGCUGCCUCAAUCCGGUGUUUUACGUGUUUGUCGGAGUGAAAUUUCGCAAUCAUUUAAAGGUGAUUCUGCAGAAAAUUUUUCAAAGGCCAAGCAACACGGGUCCGUCUCCAUCACGAACUGCUGUCUUUCAGUCACUUGGAUCCAUGUACUAA